AUGGCCGCUAUUAGUUCUCCUUGGUACCCAGGUUCAGUUUCUGAUGCAGUGGCGGAAGCGAAUUCAAAGAAUGCCGUGUUCCUUGUGUAUAUAUAUGAUGAAAGCGAAGACAGUCAGCGCAUGACCGAAAUAACUUCACGACCCAAGGCAGCAGCAGCCAUCAAAGAUAAUACAAUCGCAUUGAAGCUCGCUCGUGUUUCAGAAGAGGCGAAUUUGUUUGGUCAACUUUGUGCUUCCAAUUGUACAAGUGCCUUGCAUAUAUAUGAUACGUUCUGGAACGCAAGCACAGCAUCAGAGCUAUCACUGGCCGAAUCAUCCUCAAUGCCGUCGUCAUCUGAUAACCAAACAACGUCAGCCAUAAUAGCUUCGGAAGGACAGAGCUCCAAUCAAGAAGACGAGAAAAAGAUUAAAGCUGAUAAAUUAAAAAAACUAGUCGAGGAACGACGCCGGCAGAGAGAGAAGGAAAAACAAGAGGCUGACAAACAACGCGAAUCCAAUCGGCGUGCGCAAGGUCGCGCGCUGCAGCAAGCGUAUGUUCACCAAGAAGAUGCAAGAGAUAAGAAAGCGGCAGCCGAUUAUGCAAAGCAACGAAAAGAGGAAGCGGAAGCCAGACGUCGGGUGAAGGAACAAAUCGAAGCAGACAAGGUCGAGAGACAUGCGAGAAAAUUAGCUGAGAUUGCUUCGAGACAGGAACAGCAGCAACGAGUAGAAGGGGAAUCGCACAAAACAUAUGUUGAUGAACAGAACAGAUUGUUGAGUUAUGAACAUUGUGUUCUUAAUAUACGUUUGCUUGACGGGGAUACAAUACGCAAUAAGUUUGGCACGUCGACGACGUUGCUGGAUGUUACAAAAUGGGUUGAAGAGAAUCGAACAGACGGGGCAGCACCAUUUUCUCUGAUUCAACCAUUUCCAUAUCAUCAAUUCACUGCCGAGGAAAAACUGUUGACCUUAUACGACCUUAAUCUUUGCCCGAAUGCUACACUAGUAUGUAAACCAGCAAAGGUUGUCGUUGGCGCAUAUGAUCCAGCAGGGAAUACUUGGAGAAUAUUAGAGUACAGUUUCAGGGCUGUUGGGGGAAUCAUGAGAAAUGUCAUAGGGCUAGUGUGGAAUGCAGUAGGCUAUUUAAACCCAUUUAGAUAUUCUCAGCGUGAGAGUCCAAGCAGAGGAAGAAGAGCAAAUGGAGUAGACGGAGCAAUAAGCGAGCGACAAAAACAAGAAGAAGCGCGAUUGCUGAGAGAACAGCAGCGACGUGAAGAAGUAGCAAAGAGUAGUCGUGUUAUUGAGGAAGUGGAAAUGAGGUGGGUAUUAGAUGAAAAUAAGGGAAAGGCGAAAUGA